GAAAGUCUUUGUAUUUUCCUUUUAUCAAUUCAUACUUGAUGAUGGAUAAUCAAAAGUAUAUUCAAGAAUUUGAUAGAUCGUGGGAAAUUAAUUAUUUUUUUAUUUAUAUUUUCAAUCGUACGAUUUGUUUACUUUGUGGUUUCGAGCCUUCAAUAAUAAAAAAGUUUGUAAUAGAUAGACAUUUCAGACGUUGUCACUCGGUACAAUACUCCAAUUAUUCAGAUACAGAAAAAUUGAAUAUCAUCGAAGCGUUAAAAUUAGUUUAUCAGGACAAUGUAGUAUCUUCUCCUCCUGAAAAUUCUUCUGAAAAACCUCUAUUAGCUUCUUAUGCUAUUUCCUUACUUAUAGGACAAAAUUCAAAACCAUUUACUGACGGUACUUUCAUAAAAAACUGUAUCAUCGAAGCAGUAAAAUCUUUCGGUAAUUCAUUAACAAUCGAUGAAGCAAUGAGCAUUCCGCUCAGUGCAAAGACUAUAACGUCAAGAAUUACUGACAUCAGUAAUUCUAUACAGGAAAAGUUGAAAAAUCUUUUAAUAUCGUGUACGUAUUUUUCUUUAUACAUUAAUGAGAGCACCGACAUUCGGCACAUAAGUCAAUUGAGUAUUUUUAUUCGAAUCGUUCAAAACGAUUUCUCAUGUGUCGAGGAGCUUUUAGAUUUCGUCCCGUUACAUGGCACAACAACGGGUCUGGAUAUUUUUUUAGCUGUCGAAGGAGCGCUUAAAAAAUUUGACAUUGAUCUUAGUAAAUGUUCUUCGAUUACAACUGAUGGCGCAAAAGCUAUGAUAGGUUCAAAAAUAGGAUUUGCCGGCCAAUUAAAGCAGCGAAACUUUAAUAUUCCCGUUAUUCAUUGUAUAAUACACCAGGAAGCACUUAGUGGCAAAGUCGUAAAAUUGUCAACAGCAAUGGAAACAGUAACCAAAAUAAUUAAUACAAUUAAAGGUGGACAGAAAUUUCUCAUGCAUAGAAAAUUUCAAUUAUUUCUUACUGAACAUAAGGCUAUUCAUACAAAUGUCCCUCUCCAUUGUCCAUCACGUUGGCUUAGUGCUACAAAAUGUUUAGAAAGGUUUUUUGCGAUAAGAAAAGAGAUCUUCCUUUUCUUGCAAGAAAUGAAUAACUCCAAAUUUCAGGAAUAUAUAUCUCUUUUAGAAGAUGUUACAUUUCUUUCUGAACUUGCUUUUAUUACAGACAUGACUAAUCAACUUAGGCUUCUCAAUUUAAAACUGCAAAGACAGAAUCAAAAUAUUUCCCAAUUAGUUAGUCAUGUCGAUUCUUUCCGAAGGAAAUUACAAUUAUUCAAAACUCAUUUAAAUAAUGACAUUUUUCAUUUUUUUCCUUCUUGCCAGAUUCUUCUCGAAGAAUACGGCAGUAGCUGUAAUUUUAAACAAUAUAUUUCUAUUGUAGAUUCUCUUAUAACAGAAUUUGAUACACGUUUUACUUGUUUUGAAAAACUUAGAACCGAAUUAAUUCUUUUCGAAAAUCCCCUUACAGCACCAAUCGAAGAACAGCAUCUUGACUUGCAAAAUGAAUUGUGUGAUCUACACAAUGAUAUUUCUCUUAAAACGGUUAAAGAAACCGGUGCUGAUUUUUAUAAAAUUUUAUCACACUCAUCAUACCCUAAGCUUCGUAAUUUCGGACUUCGAAUUUAUUCCAUGUUUGGAUCCACAUAUUUAUGUGAGACUUCAUUCUCAAAAAUGAAAUUCAUAAAAAAUGAAAAACGUUCUUCUCUAAGCGACAAUUCUUUACCGCGUCUUAUGCGGCUUGCUACGUUUAAUAUAGACAUUGAUGUUCCUUCUCUCGUAUCUAAAAAAUCUCGAAAGUCGUCUGAUCAAUAGGAAUAAUUUUUAUUUUAUUACUUUAUUUUGUUAUUUAUUAUUUAAAUAUUCUGUUUUAGUUAGGUAGUUAGUUAAUGGGUCGCUUUAGUCAUCAGUGGAUUAGGCCUACUGGGGAUACCACUUAAAGAAAACGCGUCAACAAUAGUACCUCACGGGUGACGUGGAAAACUAUUGGAAAUAUACGCGAGUCAUACGUUCCUGAGCCUCGAGCGGCUCGUAGGCUGCGCGCGGAA